UAUCCAGCAGCGCCAUCUACAGUGUAUGUUUGAAUAAGGAAUGCAAUGUUCUAAAUAUAAUUUUAAAUAUGACAUGAUGUUCAUGACAUUGUAUUCUAGUUGUCACUCAAUAAAUCAUCUUCGGAGAUGUCGUCACCAAACUAUGUGGCGAAUGUGCCCAAGUUACGUGGCCGAGAAAAUUAUUGUGAGUGGGUUUUCGCAGCAGAGAAUUUUCUUAUCCUAGAAGGCACGCAGAAGUUUGUUACGCGUAAGCCAGAAGCUACGGGUACAGAAGUUGCAGAUGACGAAAAAGCCCGUGCGAAAUUGAUUUUGACUAUCGACCCUUCCUUGUAUGUCCAUGUAAAAGGUGUCAAAACUACGUUUGAAUUGUGGACAAAACUCAAAAGCUUAUUUGACGACUCUGGUUUCGCCAGAAGAAUUACGUUGUUACGAAAUUUAAUUUCCAUAAGGCUCGAAAAUUCAAAUUCGAUGACAGAAUACGUAACAAAAAUGGUAGAAAAUGGUCAGAAAUUAAGUGGCACAGGUUUUGCCAUUAGUGAUGAGUGGAUCGGCUCGCUAUUAUUAGCAGGUUUGCCUGAGAAAUAUUCCCCGAUGAUUAUGGCAAUAGAGCAUUCCGGCAUUUCCAUCACGACAGACGCCAUCAAAACAAAGCUUUUAGACAUGGAAGAGAAAAAUUCAAAUUUGACAGGGAAUGGGAACGAGACUGAGAAUGCAUUCGCGAGUACGUCAAGUUACCAACAUAACAAGAAAAACAAAACGAAAUUUGUCUGUGGUAAACAGGAUGGCGGCGAAAUGACAACAAAAGUCAGAAAUGUCAAAGUCAAUUGUUACAUGGCCCCUCCAACUGAUAAAGAAAGGGAACAGAGUGGACUUAACAAUGUUAUAACUUUAGAUCAAGAAGAUUAUGUCGACAAGUUGUUGCAUAAGUUCAAUAUGACAGACUGUAAGACUGUUCAGACUCCUAUGGAGGAAAGGUUGAACUUAGAUAAGGGACAAAAUGCGAGCAACAAGCCCCACAGUCCCAUGAGCCGAAGCAAGGAACGCCACCACACCCACUUCCCGACAGCGCCGUAUACCCAGCCCACCAUGACGAACCGGAAGGGAAGCCUGACACCACUGCGAAUCGCUCAGGCGCACAUUGAUAAUAGACUCCAACGCAGAUUUAAUGGUAUCAUCCAAUUUUAG